AUGUACUUAUUGGGAACGUACUUGCCAGACCACAAGCUUGUUCGCAUUGCGCUGACGAACUUUUAUGGCAUUUCCUAUGACACAGCACGGCGGCUCUGUGCACGAAUCCAAGUCCAUGAACGUGCUACAGUCUCGUCUUUGACCGAAUCGCAGAUCACGGAUCUGUCUGCGUACCUUUCAUCGCCCGGCAUGAUACCUGCAGCUUCCCCUACGCCGACGCGUGCUAGUUUGCAUGGCAGCACCCCCAAGCCUCCGAUGCCUGAAAACCCAGCCGAACUCCCACCAUCGCAGCGUCCCAAGGCAUCAAUGGAUCCAUUGCGAUCUAUUGUCUUAGAAAGCGACUUGCGUCGUGAAGUUCUUGCGAACAUCGCACAUCACCGCUCUAUUGGCUCCUAUGUCGGCAAGCGACAUGCGGGCGGUUUCCCUGUGCGCGGUCAAAGAACACAGCGCAAUGCGCUGACUGCUCGACGGCUGAAUCGGUUAGAGCGACGGCAAUAUUCCACCACCUCACCCUCUGCCACACUUUUCGAUAUACUACAUCCUCUAGCACGUGCACGCUUUUACUCGUAG